UGCCUAACUUGACUGUCAAAUAUUGUGCUCUUUGCCUAUGUUCAUGUUGAACUCGGUGUUAGAAAAUGGCGAUUUAGUGUGGUUUUCGUAUAUAUACAUUAUUUUGUAAGAAUAUAUUAUAAUUACGAAAAAAUUUAAUAUAUAACAACGUAAUGGUUGUUCAUCACAAUUUAGACUCCUUCGAAAUGCCUUUUGGUUCUAUCAAACCUCAAUUUGAGAUUAACCAGUAUGUGGUUGUGAAAAAUCACAUGAAAGAAAUAAAGCGAAAUAAUAAUGAAAACAUAAUUUCGAAUGAAGCUACAAAAUUAUUACAACAAAAUGUUAAGAAGAAGAAACGGAAACGCGAGAAAAGUAUAACGUUAGAAGAAAAAUCCUCGAUUUCUACAGCCGAUACUGGUGAAAACUUGAAAACGUGCUCUAUUGAUGACAAUAACGUUAUAUGCGAGAGUGAUUUAGAAGAGUUAAAAUCAGUAUAUAAUAAGUGUAAAGCAAUAGUGAAGAAAAUAGAAAGGAAAUAUGGUCAUUUACUUGAUAUUUCUGAGGCGGAACCCAGUCCCUUUCACAGUCAAACAAAUUCAAGUCAUGACAUACGAAAUGAAGAAAAAUGUACAUGUUCAAAAAAGAAGAAGAUAAUUUAUGAUGAUGAUGGAAUGGAAAUCACAAAAGAAUCAGAUUUUGAUAAACAUAUAUGCCCGAAGAAGUUAAAAAGCAGCUCUAGUAAAAAGCAGAGAAAAAUAUCUUAAUUGAAUAUGAAGGAAAUGGCAUUGUUUUGCCGGAUGACUUGCAAUGCCUCUCAAACAUGUUGCAUGAUCCUGAUUUGGAGAUAACAUUACGUAACAAAAUUAUAAAGAAAAUCAAGUUAAUAAAAAAUGACUAUUUCAAUGAGAUCAAAU